AUGGCCACCUUAAGACGUCAUACCGCGACCAGAGUUGCUAAAAAACCUACAGCAAAAGCUGCGAAACCCAACCCCGACAGGAGAAAGCCUCUCGCACCUUUACAAGAAUGGUAUAUUGGUGAAUAUCUUGAAAACGAUCCCGAGGGAAAAACUUUAUCCCAAAAGCAGCGCUUAAAGGUUAUUGCAAGGGCAUAUAGGGCUGGAAAUCAAAGUGAGCCUAUUAGCGAUAUUCCAACAUUUACUGAUCAAUGGUACAAUGGGUUCAAGAGCAGGUAUGCAAAGAUGGACUCCGAACCAGGCUCAGAAACCGCCUCCCAGAAUGCUGACCUCGAUCAUGUUGAAACACCUACAGAUUUGCCAAAAAUGAACACGCUUUGUGAGUCAAUCCAACCAAACAUGAGUCCAGAGAUGGCAGAGAAGCUAGUACUGGAAUUAAAAAAGCAAAUCACUAUGUUUACGGUGGAAAGGGGGAUAAUGGAAGCAAAGCGAUCUCGACUCCUUGAUGCGUUAGACUCUGACGACAGUGACGAAGAGGUUAUUGAGCUCAUUCCAGAGCCUGGCUCAAUUUGUAUGUCAGGAGCUGAGAUCCAUGCACAGCUUAAAGCAAUCAAAGAGGAACGUAAGGCUAAGGGACUUCCACCUCUUCCUGAAGAUUGCAAAAUGAGGUUUAAGGUACCUGAAUUUUAA